CCUGGGUGUGUGCCAAGCCUGUAUGGGAGGUGCUAGGGAGGAUUUUAAUUAAUACUGGGUAAUUACCAGGUGGAGUUUAAGCAUCCCAAAUGCCUUCAGGUUCCCAAACCUACAGCUACUGUCUUCUUGCCUGGGCCUGGAAAGGAGAGGGGGGGACUCUGCCCUGUGCCCAGCGGGCCUUUGGUUAGCACGUAGGCUGUGGUCUGAUAUCCCAGGAAGGUGUCCAUCUUCUUUAAUUCCCUUCCACUUUGGAAGGAGGAGGAGAGCAAUUUGAGAAGUAGCCUGGCCUCUGCAGUUCACCUAUACCAUCUCCCCAGGAGCAAAGGAUAACAACACUUUGUGGUCUGUUCAACUUCAUCAAGCAGUGUUGGCCUAGGGUCCAGUGUAGAGUGUGGGGAAAGGAGUGGGCAGACCUAGACCUGUGGACCCUGGUGAGAAUGCUCCAGGAGGAACAGGCACAGAGGUCUUUCCUGCUUCUGGCCUUACUUCCCUUUCUCACUGUACACAUUUGGCUGAGUGAACUCUUUCAAAUUUAUUUUUAUGCCAGUGGCUCUCAAAUUAUGAUCUCCCUGAAACGCCUACUUCCUACAAGGCCUUCCCCAUUUGACAUCUCAGAGACCUGCCAGACUCUUGAGUUAUUUCACCAUUCCACCUGGCAGCGACGGUGGUCCUGAAUCCACCAGGCCUUUGCUCUUGUUGUAUGUUCAGAUGGUUUUUCUUCAGAUCUUCCCCUGGUCGGAUCCUGCUCAGGCCUCGGGGCCAGCUUGAAUGUCACCCCCGAAAGUGAGCCCUCUCUUGCCCUUCAUCACAGCAGAACCACACUGAGGUGCUCAUAUGUUUCUGCGUCUCGCUGUGUCUCUAUUGCUAACUGCCAGCAAACAGGAGGCUCUUGGCAUCUAUUGAAAGAAUAAUUUAAAGGUCUUCAGGACCAGGCGACAGGCACUAAUCGGUCCCCUUCAUGGGUACACCAUUCAUUACUUAAUUCCCUGGAUUCCCGCCGGGAGCUGGCAGCUGGAACCCUCUAUGCCUUGACCCCCCGACAGCCCGAGGGGCGGGCCGCCCAGUGGCGCAAGCGCACUGAGGGCCGGUGCUAGGCGGGGAUGCGCACGCCCGCGGCCGCGUGCGUCACACAGCUUGGGUGCCCGCCCCGCUCGCCCAGCUCGCCGGCCCGUCGGUCCCCGCGGCGGCAGCGGCUGCCCAGUGACAGCGGCGGCGGUGCCAGGCCGGCUGUGGUAGCGUAGGGUUGCGCCGCCCGGAAACGCAGAACCGGCCAAAGAGCGGCGCGACGCGAGGAGGGCCGAGCCUGGGCCGCGCACGAAGAGACCUCGCGGGCGGGGAACGAAAGGCCGACGUGAGUGAGUGCGGAGACAGUGGCCGCAGGCGGCCCAACCCGUCCGUCCCCUCGGCCGCCGCCGGCAUGAGCCACAUCCAGAUCCCGCCGGGGCUCACGGAGCUGCUGCAGGGCUACACUGUGGAGGUGCUGCGACAGCAGCCGCCUGACCUCGUCGAAUUCGCAGUGGACUACUUCACCCGCCUGCGUGAGGCCCGCUCCCAUGCCUCAGUCCUGCCCACCGCCACCCCACGCCAGAGCCCGGGCCACACCACGCCAGAACCCGGCCCGGACCACGUCGCCGACGCCAACGGGGACAGCGAGUCGGAGGAGGACGAGGACUUGGAAGUUCCAGUUCCUAGCAGAUUUAAUAGACGAGUAUCAGUCUGUGCUGAGACCUAUAACCCUGAUGAGGAAGAGGAAGAUACAGAUCCAAGGGUGAUUCAUCCUAAAACUGAUGAACAGAGAUGCAGACUUCAGGAAGCUUGCAAAGAUAUUCUCCUUUUCAAAAAUCUUGAUCAGGAACAGCUUUCUCAAGUUCUUGAUGCCAUGUUUGAAAGGAUAGUCAAAGCUGAUGAGCAUGUCAUCGACCAAGGAGAUGAUGGAGACAACUUUUAUGUCAUAGAACGGGGAACUUAUGACAUUUUAGUAACAAAAGAUAAUCAAACCCGCUCUGUUGGUCAGUAUGACAACCAUGGCAGUUUUGGAGAACUAGCUCUGAUGUACAACACCCCGAGAGCUGCUACCAUUGUUGCUACCUCAGAAGGCUCCCUUUGGGGACUGGACCGGGUGACUUUUAGAAGAAUCAUAGUGAAAAAUAAUGCAAAGAAGAGGAAGAUGUUUGAAUCAUUUAUUGAGUCUGUGCCCCUCCUUAAAUCAUUGGAGUUGUCAGAACGAAUGAAGAUUGUGGAUGUAAUAGGAGAGAAGAUCUAUAAGAAUGGAGAACGCAUAAUCACUCAGGGUGAAAAGGCUGAUAGCUUUUACAUCAUAGAGUCUGGUGAAGUGAGCAUUUUGAUUAGAAGCAAGACUAAAUCAAACAAGGAUGGUGGAAACCAGGAGGUCGAGAUUGCCCGUUGCCAUAAGGGGCAGUACUUUGGAGAGCUUGCCCUGGUCACCAACAAACCCAGAGCUGCUUCAGCUUAUGCAGUUGGAGAUGUCAAAUGCUUAGUUAUGGAUGUACAAGCAUUUGAGAGGCUUCUGGGGCCCUGCAUGGACAUCAUGAAGAGGAACAUCUCACACUAUGAGGAACAGCUGGUGAAGAUGUUUGGUUCCAGCAUGGAUUUGGGCAACCUCGGGCAGUAGCAUGGGGAAUCAAAGGUGGCAGGCCAAGUUCAACUCAGGGCUGAGGUAUCCACAUUAUCCACAUCAGGCAAGCCCUGCACUGAUGGUUGAGCCUCAUGGAGAGGAGCAUGUGUUGGGAAGAGAUCCCUUUGUUAACUAUUUUAUGUUCUCUUCAAUGAGUUAGUGCUCAUACCCCAUUUCCGGCUUUGCUGUUGAUUUUGGAUGGUAGAGAACAUUCCUGAGACCCUUCCUUUUGGCCCCCAGCAUAUCCCACCCACUCUCUUCUCCUGAACGAAUUCUCUGAAGAAAAGGUACAUGUGCUGUUGUCCAGUUAGUCAAUAAUCUUCAUAUAUAAUUGUGUUACAUAUAUUGCGGUAGACUCUCAGAAAUCAGGGGAGAGCUUUCCCUUUGAACAGUUCAAUGAGUGAAUUCAGCAGCAAAGUGACAAGAAAUGCAUAUCCAGCUAGGAGAGGUUAUGUUUAUCCUCUAAUUGCCCAUUUUCUCUGUGCACAGUGAUACUGUAGUCAGUGAGAGGUGCUGUUAGCACCUGUGUCACAGUGUACAAGCUUCUCUCAUUUAGAAAAAAAAGCAUUUUACACAGAGAAAAAGUAAGAAGACUCACGAAUGCCAUCUUCUAUCUUUUAUUUUCAGUUGACUGAUGUUGGAAUUUUUGUUCUUGUCAUGCACUUGUAAAGCAAUCUUGCCAAGAUAUGAGUUGUUUUGGUUUUUCACUAUGAUUACCUCUUGUUCCUCCUGUCUUGACUGCUGGCGUUCCUCAAUUCUUCUAUUGUCUAUUUUAUGGGAAGCAGCUUUCCCAUAGGUUUCCUUUUACACACUGCAGGGCUAUCUUUAUACUUAAAAAAAAAAAAAAAAGGACAAGAACAGUCACUAACCUCAUGGGGGCUUUCAUAAAACCAUUUAGCCCACCUUGAGCAAAGGGUAGAUUCCGUGUUUUUUUUUUUAAGCUCACUGUAAUAAAAGAAAUCUGAUUCAGCAUUAUUGUGCUACCUCAACGGUAAAAAAUGUUUUAAGGUCUUCUUUUGGUCCUAAGUUCUACAUAUAGGGUUUGAAAUGUCUUUCAAUUGGAAUUAUUUUUUAAAUCAUUGGGGUGAAUUUUAUUUUAACCUGUUUUAAACUUGUAUUUUAAUCUCAGAAUAAUAAGUGAUUGAAAAGAGAUCAAUUCUUGCUCUGUAGUGUUAAAAAUAUAAUGAACAGUCAUUAAGUAUUAAGUCUGUUUGCCAUAAAUAAGGUUGAUGUUCUUUUUGUUUUUGUUAAGGAAACUCUAGGGCUUGGCUUUACUCUUGAUUAAUAAAGGCUGACAAAUCAUGUCUGA